AUGGCAGCCUCAUCGGCCUCGCACCGGCCCAUAAAGGGGAUCCUGAAAAACAGGAGCUCUAUGGCUUCCAAUGUGCUGUCUCCUUCAGAACAGCAGCGGGACAAGAGUGUGGAAGAACUGAGUAAAAAAUCCCAGAGGUGGGAUGAAGUGAACAUCGUGGCGACAAAUUAUGCAUCAGAUGAAGACUAUGGUUUAGUGAAAAUAUAUGAACCAAGCACUCCGUACAAUAGUAUGAUAAGUGAUGAUGACGAUGUGUUGGGUGAUUCAGAGACCGGUAAAGCCCAGCCAGAUACAUUAGUUAAGAAAUUAUCUGUCGCUGAAGGCUCAGAGACAAAAGAUCGGGUCCGUGAACAAGAAAGCAGUGGAGAUGAAGAUGGUGACCUCCCACCUGAACAAGCUAGAGAAAAAAAGCAAGAGUUCGAAAUGAAAAGGAAGCUUCAUGACAGUGAAGGACUGAAUAUUAAAUUGGCUAGGCAAUUAAUAGAAAAAGACCUAGAUGAUGAGGAGGAAAAUGAAGAAACAGCAAAGACUGCAACCAAAGAAAAUAUGAAUAUGGAAGAAUCAAAUCAAGGAUCUACUACAUGUGAUCAACUACAAAACAAAUCAGAGAGUUCAUAG